UCCCUCUAAUUAUUAGUUUUUUAACUUUAUUCUUUUUCCUUUCAUUCUCACAUUAGAAGCAUUCAAGCAUUCAGAGAAGAGAAGAAAAGGUCUGCUAGGGUUUUAUACAAUUUCAAUUCCUGCAUUUCUCGCUUCUUCUUCCUCUUCCUCUGCUGCAAGUCUCAUUAGCAUUAUCCUCGCUGCCGCAACACGCCUCCGCCGCCACCGCAACCUGCCGCCUCCGCGCGCAACCUGCCGCCGCCGCCCACGACGUUGCCCCCGCCGCGCAAGACGCUUUUCUCCACAUGUUGAAGACAUACUUGGAGAGCAUGCUGAUAUUUUUAUUGAGCACUAUUACAUAAAGCAGUCUGGUAACUGUGACCUAUCUAGCAUGAGCGAUCCUCACGAUGAAUUUAAGGGAAAGAAUGUCCUGAUUGAGAGAAAAAAAUCAAAAGAUCCUUCAGAGAUCACAUCAAAGUACAGCAUGUCAAUUGAAACAUAUAAAGAUAUUCUUGGAGAAUGUAGGCGUAAGCUGUUCGAAGUAAGGUCAAGGCGGGCAAGGCCACAUUUGGAUGAUAAAGUUAUUGUAUCUUGGAAUGGACUGGCUAUCUCAUCUUUUUCCAGGGCCUCCAAGAUUCUCCUGGGUGAAGUUGAGGGCACUAAAUUCUAUUUUCCUGUUGUUGGCACUGAACCAAAGGAAUACAUGCAAAUUGCGGAAAAAGCAGCAUUAUUUAUUAAGAAGGAACUUCACAAUGCUGAAACCCAAAGGCUGAACCAUAGUUUCAGAAAUUCUCCAUCUAAAGCACCUGGUUUCUUGGAUGAUUAUGCUUUUCUGAUCUCUGGAUUACUGGAUCUCUAUGAAUUUGGUGGUGGAAUCAACUGGCUUCAAUGGGCAAUUGAAUUGCAGGGCACUCAGGGACCCUGAUCCAACUAUAGCCUUGUACCUCAAGGGAUUCAAUUUUCAGAGAGAUAAGAGAAAGUGAACAGUUUCCUAGACCAUAAAAAUCGUCCUCAUGAAGCUGUUUGAGAUUGAGUCAUACAAGGCAUGGGCAGCUGCAGAACUUGAGCAACAGAAAGAGGUUGAAGAGGCUGAGGUUUCCAUGCAGGAAGCUCAGGACUACCUUGAUUCUGUCACGGAAAGUGCCAUGGACGAGUUCCGGCGCUUCGAAGAGGAGCUUGAGAGCAUGUCAAAGGCUGAAAUGGAGAGCCUAGUUAACACUGCUGAGGGUGCAAGAAAGAUGGGAAAUUUGAUGGAGAAAGCUGCCUCCAUUGCUUCC